GGAUCGACCCCGGGGUCUUCCCCCGGCGGAGUCUGCGGGCAGCCCCUCGGCCCGCCGGCGCCCGCCGUCACCGCCGCCGGGGCCGCCCGCAGCGCGCAUCCGGGCCGCGGGGCUCCCGAGCCGGGUCCGGAGGUGCGAGGGCGCCGGCCGCAGGGCCUGGCUCGGAGGCCGGCACCCCCGCGGGGAGAGGCGAGGCGACCCUGCCGAGUUUCAGCACGGGGGCUUGAUGCCUGCUACAAGUGUUGGGAGGACAGGACACCCAGAACCUAUGGGGCUCAGUUGCUUGGAUGGAGACAAAAGCCCUGAGGCAGAGAAGAUGUGAAAGGAAAGAAAAGACUUGAUACCAAAGAUGCUUUGGAGCCAGAAUACUUCCUGGAUUAGACCCCAUGAUUUGUAUCCCGUGGUGUAUAUCGGCCUCAUGGUUGGUGUGGUAUCGGCAUGGCCUGAUUUGUCAGACGAAUCUUGCACUUUAAAGGUGACAUUUCGCAGCUUCCGGCUUAUCUUGUCAUGGGAAUUAAAAAACCAUUCGAUUGCACCAACUCACUAUACGUUAUGGUACACAGUCAUGAGUAAACCAGACGAUAUGAAGAUCGUGGAGCACUGUUCAAAUAUCACAGCAUCAUUUUGCGACCUAACCGAUGUGUGGGAAGUCCUGCCAGAGACAUACAUCCCCAGAGUUGAUGGAUUCAGAGGAAACACAAUGCUGGUCAGCUGUAUCAGCGAUUUCUUCCUGGCAACACACGUGUCUUUGGAACCACCGGACUUUGAUAUUGUUGGCUCUACCAACCACAUCAACGUAAUAGUGAAAUUUCCACCAGUCAUUCCCAAGAUACUGAAUGGCGAGAUCUUACAGUAUUACUUACCGCUCGUCAUCGAAGAACAGUCAGGGAAGAUUGUUAAGAAGCAUCACCCCAAGCUAAAUGGAAACAUCAUUGGAAAUGUCACUUAUGUCAUCGACAAGCUGAUUCCAAACACAAACUACUGUGUGUCUGUCUACUUUAAGUCUAAAGAUAUGGGAGCGAUAAAUAGAUCUCCAGUCAAAUGUACCUUCCUUCAACCUGGACAGGAAACAGAGUCAUCAGAAUCCGCCAAAAUAGGAGGAAUAAUCAUUAUGUUUUUAAUAGCAGCUGUCUUCAUAAGCACCAUAUUAAUACUGAAACGGGUUGGUUAUAUAUGCUUAAGAAAUGAUUUCCCCAAAGUUUUGAAUUUUAAUAACUUGUCAUCCUGGGUCUUUCUCGAGAGGCCACCCUUGGAAACAGUGGCUUUCGUGGAGGUGAUUCACGUUAACAGGAAGAAGAAAGUGUGGGAUUACAAUUACGACGAUGAGAGCGACAGCAAUGAGGAGGUGGCCCCUCCGGUAAGCGGAGGUGGUUAUACUAUGCACGGGCUAACGGGCAGGCUUCUGGGUCCGGCCUCCGCCUCCUCGGCCACCUUGGAAGACUGCAUCCAGCCGGACGCUGAGGAACCGGAUCAAUCCGAACCUGAGGCUGACACCGAGCACCUGAUGGCAGCAUGGCCCAGCCCCGGGCAGUCGGAAUGCUGCAAGAGUGGGGCCUACAAGGAGAGAGGGAGGCUGCCACAGGACCCCGUCUCCGAGGAUGAUGACAGCUCCAUCGAGGAGUCUGGGGACAAAAUUACCUUCAAUGUAAAUUUAAACUCUGUGUUUGUGAGGAUCCCCGAUGACGACUCAGAAGUACCCCCGACAUCACCAUCUUUUCUAGAAGAGACAGCCAACCUAGAGGAUUCAGAUGAAACGGAAAUAAGCUUUCUGGCAGCCAGUGGGGAAGGGACACGGCCACCCUUUGCCAGCCCCUCUGCAGAGUGCCUGUGGCCUGAAGACGCUCUUUCUGACAAAAGUGACAGUUCCGAGUCAGAUGCGGACAUCAGGGAUGGUUAUAUAAUGAGAUGAUCCCAAGAAUAGUUAAUUAACAAGGACCGAUGAGGUUCUCCCUCUGCGUACGGUCACCAGCCCCUCCGGGGCCUGCCAGCGAUGUCGGAGGGAAGGUGCUGGAGACUGCAGUCUGCUGGGUGAUUCCUGGUGACGUCAUCUAUGCAGAUUCCCAGGACGGCCACAUGGGACCCUCCUAUCCUGCAGUGUAUUGUUUACAUGUCCCAAGGGAUGCACUUUGAAGGAAAGUGUCCUGUCCAUUUCCUUCACCCUCCCGCAUUUAUAAUGCUUCUGCAUCCUGUCUCCCAGAGUAAGGAGCAGGGUCCCCUGCAUCUUUCGUGGGUGGUCCAGGACCCUGCAAGUUAAUGAAAUUAGCCAGGGUGGGAGUGGAGAGUGAAAAGGAAGACACUCAGCAGGGUUCCUAGCAGGUACAGUCAGCAGUGGUGGGUCCAGCAGGCUUAAGGAAGGGGCCAGCAGGGAAAAAGCAGGAAGGGAAGGCCACCAGAAGGAAAGAAAGGGGACCCACAAAGAAACAGAAGCACAGGUUCCGAGUUGGAAGUGGGGAAAGUGGAGCCCAGUCUUGGGCUCCUCCCCGAUGUCACAUUCUGUCACCUACACUCAGAAUUCAGCUGUCCUCAAUUUGAAUGAGGAGGACACAUUCGCACACAGAAAUAACUCUAGUGUCAGGCAGGUGACUACUAGGAAAUAUUUGCCUGAGGGAGAGGGAUAGAAUCUCAGUGCCAAAUUUUAAGAUAAAAAAAAAAAAAAAAAGCGAGAGAACAAAUGCAAAAUCGUUUCAAGGUCUUCAGAGGAAAUAAGGUAUGAAAUAAAAUUCCUGGAGGUCCUACUUAGCAAUUUAAGAAGAGCUGUGUGCACUGAUUCCAACUGUCCUAUGUGUGACCACAGUUCCUGUGGAAGGAGGGGGGGGGGGCAGGGGAAGAGAAGUUCUAGAACAUCAUGUAGCGAACAGUACAAGAACUAGGACUCUGAGGUCUGACUCUGCUAUUUCACUGUGUGACCCCAGGUACUUUGCUGAGCCUCUCUGAGCCUCAGUUUCUUCAUUUAGGAAAUAAGGGGAUUGGACUAGGUAAUCUCCAAGAUCCUGUGGUGCUAGGAGAAAUAG